AUGCCGCCUGUGCCGUACAGCUGGUUUGGGGAACCUCCCCGUAAACAAACAGAUGAUGUACAGACAAGCUGCUUCUGCCUCUCCUUACCAAAUGAUCCUCCCCCUCUCUUGACAGGUGCAGGAAUCUUGCAUGCGCCUAGAGAGGGUCGUCAUAGGCAGCCGAAGCAGCAGCAGCAGCAGCAGCAGCAACAGCAGCAGCAGCGUCUCAUUAGCGAGCUGCUGGAGGAAGCUCUGGAGGAGUACAGCGAAGAUGAAGAUGAUGCAGAGGCAAGCAGCAGCAGCUUCAGCAGCACCUUCAGCAGCAGCAGCAGCAGCAGCCCGGCGCCACUACCUGUGGUCGUGCCUACUGUAUUCGGUAGAUACCCUUACGAUGGUGCUGCUGCUUCUGCUGCUGAGGUCCCCUCUAUUCUGUUGCGCUGCAAGCGCGCAGAGGAGCAGCAGGAAACUUUGCUGCGGGCAGCAGCAGCAGCAGUAUCCGCAGCAAUGCGCGAGCAGCUGCAGAGUAUCUGUCGGAUCGUGCGGACCCACGCAAUUGUAGCGGCUUUCGAGAUGCAGCAGCCUCUUGCUGCUGCUGCUGUUGCCAGCAGCAGCAGCAGCAGCAGCAGAGGCAUUAGGAAGGGGAUAGGGGGCCUUUGCGAGUUCCUUCCUGUUGUUAUUAUGCAUGUGGGGGCAGACGUUGAAGAUCAUAGAUUGGCAGUGCGGAUGCUGCAGCUGCAGCUGCAGCAGCAAUCCAUGUGCUGCUGCGGUGCCAGGCGCAACAGCCGCAGCAGCCGCAGCAGCAGCACCAACAGUAACGAGGAGGACCUCUUCUUGAGGCAAGUUGUACUGAGGGCUAGUUGCUGCACCAAUGCACAGAAUGCAUUACGUGCGGUGUAUACACAGCUCAAGUCGAGCAGCUGCUGCACCACUUGCAUCGGCAGAGGCAGCAGCAGUAGCAGCAGCAGCAGCAGCAGCAGCAGCAGCACGGCUGCGAUGGAAGCUGGAAAGGAUGCAGCAGGAGUUACCGAGGAGGUUGCUGCUGACGCUGCUGCUUCUGCAGCAUGGGGGGAGCUCGAGCACAUGUGGAUGCAGCAGCAGCAGCUGUUGCUGCUGCGAUGUCUUGAGGGAGCAGCAGGAGAAGACAGCAACAGCAGCAGCAGCGGAUCUACUUCGUUCCCCACCCGACCUGCAGCAGCAGCAGAUGAUGAUGAUGGAGGAUACUGGGGGCCUGAUCAGAGCAGCAGCUUAGGGCAGCUGUGGAGGAAGCUGCUGCAGCAGCACAACAGAGGCUUUUGCUGCAGAUGGAGACGCAAGGGGGAGGGAUCCGCAGUGCUUACACGUUCCCAGAGGGCUGCAGGAGCAGGCAGCAGCAGCAGCAACGAGAGCUCCUCUGGUGAGAGUGGAGACGAAGGAAAGCCUAGCCCACCAGAGAGAUCCAGCAGCAGGAGCAGCAACAGCAGCAGCAGCAGCAGCAGCAUAAGCUUCAAUGCGUUGGUUAUUGUACUGGAGGAGCUGGAGGCAUUUGCCCCGCGGGUUCUGUCGCAGCUGCUGCUGCUGCUGUCGCUGCUGCGGUCGCAGCAAGGAAUCCCUGUGGUGGUGUUAGCAUCUGCUGCAGCAUCUGCUGUUGCAGUGCAGCAGCAGCUGGAUCCGGAGACCUUGCGGCUGCUGCAACUGGAUGCAGCAGUGCUGCUUAGGCCUUCUGCUGUACAUGAUGCGCUGCUGCAGCUGCUGCUGUGCUGCCCCGCAAGCAGCCUCUUCGUGCUGCCUGCAGCAGCAAUAGAAGAACUGCAACAGCUGCUGCAGGAGCAGGGGGCAUCCGUGCUGCAGGUGCUGCGCAUAUCAAGGAUGCUGCUGUAUAAGUUCUUUGCGGAUCAUCCAUUCUCCUACCUUGCCCUAGAUGCACGCGCUGUGUCUGCUGCCAGCAGCAGCAGCAGCAACGGCAGCGAAGGCAAUGGUGGAGGUGCUGCUGGCGCAGGAGAUGCAGCAACUGCAACUGCUACUGCUGCAGGUGCUGCUGAGUCUAGAGGCCAGGCAGACCUUGAGGUUAUUGAGAGGAGGCUGGCGCUACUUGCUGCUGCUGUACUGACACCGCAACAGGAGGAGGUGCUGCUGCAGCAGACGGCCAAGUUCCGGGUGUUGCAUGCGGAGCUACGGGCAGCAGCUGCAGCAAAGCUCGAGUCUCCUUGCUGCAAGGCAUGGAAAGCGCAACAUCAGCAACAACAACAACAACAGCAACAGCAACAGCAACAGCAACAACAGCAGCAACAGGAGGGCUGUAACAAGACCCCAACAUGUGCACCCAUGAGAAGGGCUCUCUCUCUGCUGCAGCACUGGUGGGACUGUUCGGGUGUAUCUGCAGCAGCAGACGAGCAGCAGCCGCUAAGCCGAAGGCGUGAGUCACUGCAGCAGGAGGUGCUGCCUGCUGCUGCUGUGCAGGUAUUGGAGCGCCGCAUUGCAGCAAGCUUAGGCAUGCGGCUGCUGGUGGUGCUGCAGCAGCACGUGCUGCUGCAGCGGCAGGCAUUUGCUCUUAGUGCCUCCGAGUCUGCUGCUGCUUUGUGCAGCCAAGACAGCAGCAGCAGCAGUCUUCGUGCUGUUGAGAUGCUGCUGCAAAUCUUAGGAGGCGCCAGUAGAAGCCCUGGCUACCACGACUAUCUGCUGCAGGGGAAACCGCUUCCUUCUGCCGCUGCUGCAGCACAAAUUGCCAACCCCAUCUGUGAGGAGAUGCGGCGAAUUGCGGGGGCGUGCUGCAGUGUAGGGACGUUGGUUACCACUCUGGUAGCAGAAGCUCUUAGUGCUGCAGCAACGACGCGGCGUGUUGCUGCAGUGCCACAGGCGCUGCUACUCGCGCUGCAGCAGUUCAGCCGCCAAACGGAGAGGGAGUGGGCACUGCUGCUGCAACUCGAGGCGCGCAUGCAGAAGCAGCAGCAGAAACAGCAGCAGCAGAACCAGAAACAGAAGCAGCAAGAAAAGAGAGCAACGGAGAUCGGGAAGGCUGCGGAGCUCCUCAAGGCCAUGAACCAACUCAUUGAGCGGCUGCAGCAAACGUGCCAGCAGCAACAACAGCAACAACAACGGAUACAGCAGCAACGGAUACAGCAGCAGGCUCUUCCCGGGUUUGUUUCUGGGCUUGCAAGACGCGCGAGUGCAGCGCCUUUGUCCGUAUCUGGGGGGUUUGGCAGCAGCAGCAGCAGCAGCACUGACAGCGUCUUCUGCAACCAAUUUCAACGCUGGGCAAGGGAGUGUUUGCUGCACUGCUUGCUGCCUUUGCUGCAGUGGCAUCCAUUGGGCUGUGAGUUGGGUGUAUGGUCAUUGUCUGUUGCUGCAGCAGAACAGCCGCAAUACUUUGCUGCUGCCUUAGCAGCACCAAGGGCCCCCACACAUCGCGCAGAAGCAGCAGCAGCAGACACCCUAGCGCGGCUGCUGCCACUGCGGCCUGUCGAGGUGCUGCGGGAGCUGGCUUGCCUCAGAGGCAGCGCACUGGAGUACCACCACCAAAUAGCAGCUGCAGCAAAGGGAGGAACAGAUCCUGCUGCUGCACCUAUCCCUGAUGACACCAGCCUUAUCUACCGGCGUAUUGCCUUUGGUAGCCGCCGCAUUCCUUUAUGGUCUCUGUUUUGCCAGUUUUGUGCUGAUGUAAUUGAGGUGUAUACGCAGCAGCAGCUGGCUUCCCGCCACCAGCAGCAGAAGCAGCAGAAGCAGCAGAAGGAAACAGCAGAAAGGGAGGCUCUGCUUACACUGCAGCGGGAAGCUGAAUCAUCCCUCCCCAGAGGCAGCAGCCAGAAUCCGUCGCUGCUGCAGCACCUCUUCCUGCGGUUUGGUGUAGCUGUCAGUACACUCGGGCACUUAGGCCUUGUCAGGGUGCCGGGGUGUGGUAUAUCCACGGAGGAGUUGUUGCUGCGUACUGCAGCAGCAGCAGAUACAGCAGGGAAUGAGUUUGAGUUGGAGGAGGGGCAGCAGGGAGACGUGCAGAAGGAAUCAGAUGGUGAAGACGUCACACAACAACAGCAGCAGAAGCAGCAGCAGGACCAACAGCAGCACAGUGCCGUCGCCGCUGCAUCUGCUGAGGCGCUGCAGCUGCAGCAGCAGCUGCAAGGGCUCUCCUUAACGCGCUGCUUCUUUGGCAGUGUCUACCUCCCUGACCAGUAUGAACAGGAGAGUUCAUACAAUCCAAAGCCGGACACCCAAGCUGACCAGCAGCAGCAGCAGCAGCAACAGCAGCAGCUGCAACACCAGCAACAACGAAAGAAGGGGGGACGGCCGCGGAAGCAGCAGAGAUCGUAG